AUGUCUGCCCCUCCUGUUUACACGAACGAUGCCCCCCCCUCCUAUGAGGAGGUUGUGGGGAAAUUAAACACUUUAAUCGGGAAUAACCGAACUGCUACUGGCGUGCUCGAAGCUGGCAGCGGCCUGACAGACGAGGAACUGGGUGUACUGAUUGAGAACCAUUACGAUCAUCUACCUCUCGAGAGUGAUGCCCAAAAACUCUCAUUUGCUAUAGGCACUGCUGAAACUUCAUCAUCUCCAGAGUUGGCAACUUUUCUGACUACCUCUGCCUCGGCAGCGGCAGCAACAGUUAUUGGAGUGAAGAAUCGCUUUGAUGGACUGCAGUAUAAGUUGGCACAGGUAGAUCGUGCGUUCGGUACAUCUUUCCAGGGUCGCUUCAAUACUAUUCACAGCUCCUUUCAGGGUGUGAUUGACGACAGCCAGCGUUUAUCGACUACCAUGUACACUAAUUCCAGAAAAUUUGACAAUCAAGAUAUCCUGUAUUGUGACGAUUCCACCAAAAGUGUCUCCGACCGAAUCACCCGAAUUAAUGCGACCAUCACCAAGACCGAAGAACUCAACCAAGAUAGCAUUUCCAUCGACUCUCGCUUGGGCGGCGUUCUUUCUUCCCUCAAUGAGAUAACCGAUGAUUUCGUCGAAUGGGCUAGGAAUAGGGAAGGAGAGCUAACUGAGGAAAUCCGGAAUAUCAAAGCUGAACUCAUCAGUCUUGAGAGAGAACUAGCCAAUGCUAAAGUCGCUGCUGAGGCUGUUACAAGUGUUGGUGAGGGUUUGGUUCCUAUUGUCGGAGCUCUGGCUGCUGCGUUUCCCCCUUACGGAACGGCCAUUGCUAUCGGUGGACUGAUCAUUGCCGGCGCUCAACUGGCUACUACUACCGCCCUCAUGGUUAAGAUUGGCAAGCUCGAGAAUCAGAUCACUGAGAAAACCAACAGAAAAGAAGAAUUAGAGGCUGAGCUGGAACAGGUACGCGAGGCUAGAGAACGGCUCGAGGAUGGCGAGACAGACUCGAUCAAUAUGUUGGGCUCGUCGAUCAAUUUGAUGUCUCGUCUGUCGUCGCCUACACUGGAUGAUGCCAAUGCUAUCUUGAAAUGGCUCCAGGACGGAGCAAAGGCAGACGAUAAACCGAGAUAUAUGGGUUUGAACCGUACUAACAGUGUUAAAAGCUAUGCUGCGGCAGGCGAUUAUCUCCGUCAGUUUGGCCGGGGGGUGGCUUCUAUUUGCACAAACCCCAUUGAAGCCGAGGAUGUAGAGUGA